AUGGUGGAGAGAGUGGUACAGAGCGUAGAGAACGGCGAGUGGACGCCUAAGGAUGACAUUUUGCUCAUUAGCUCAUGGCUUAACACAAGUAAAGAUCCAGUGGUGAGCAAUGAACAACGGUCAGACGCUUUCUGGACAAGAAUAGCGGCUUACUUUGCGGCAAGUCGUCAAGAUGGUGGCUGCGAACAGAGAGAAGCUAGGCAUUGCAAGCAACGUUGGCACAUGAUCAAUGAUCUCGUGUGCAAGUUCUGUGGAGCCUACGAAGCUGCAAGCAGGGAGAAGACGAGCGGGCAAAAUGAGAAUGAUGUGCUGAAACAAGCACAUCAAAUAUUCUACACCAACCAUAAGAAGAAAUUCCUCCUUGAACAUGCUUGGAAAGAGCUGAGGUUGGACCAUAAGUGGUGUGAGCAAGCGUCUGCAAAAACCGAAGGAAGCUGA